CAGUACAUUUCUAAUAAGUCAAUGUCAGUUAUAGAACUUACCCUCGGUAUGUUCUGUGGUUAAGUUAAAAAUUGAGGUUAAGUUAAAGUAAAGAUUUGCUAUUUUCAUGUACAUUAAAACCCCGAAAAUAAUAAUAAAGUAUGUCUGAUCGUAUGCCUAAAAUUGAUUUCAGCAAAAUUAAUAAGACAGACCUGAAUUUUAUAAAAGAAAUUGAAAAAAUUAAUCAAGAGAGAGUGCAAAAGUUGAAGAAUUUGAGAAAAAGAAAUUUAAUUACAGCUGGUCUUAUAACCGUGGGCAUUUUCAGUAUAUAUGGGUAUUCCAUGUUAGCUGUAAGACAGGAAAGAUUUUUGGAUGAUUUUGACGAGCCAGUUAAAACUACUCAAUAAUGAUUACUCCAAGAAAGCAUAUUCGUUUACCUCCUUUACCUACUAUUAGAGAUUUAGUUAAGUUAUAUCGUAUUCGAGCACUUCGUCAGUUAUCUCAAAAUUUUUUAAUGGAUGAGAGGAUUACUGAUAAUAUUGUUAAAGCUGCUGGAAAAUUAAGAGAUCAUCAUGUUUGUGAAAUUGGUCCUGGACCAGGAGGUAUCACUAGAUCAAUAAUAAAAAAGCAACCUAAGAAAUUGAUUGUAGUUGAAAAAGAUCCCAGGUUCCUUCCUACAUUGGAGCUAUUGCAAGAAUGUUGUAAAGAUUUUACUGAUUUUCAAAUAGAAAUUGAUGAUAUCAGAAGUUACAAUUUCGAGACUGGUUUUAAAGAAGCUCCAAAACAUGAUUGGUUUGAGGCACCACCUCCAGUUCAUCUAAUAGGUAAUUUACCUUUCAGUGUUUCUACAAAUCUCAUCAUUAGAUUUCUACAGUCAAUAUCUGAGAAAAAUUCAGCGUGGACCUUCGGAAGAUCAUCAAUGACUUUAACAUUUCAAAAAGAAGUUGGGGAAAGAAUGGUGGCGCCUAUUAUGGACAAACAAAGAUGUCGUUUAUCAGUAAUGUGUCAAUUAUGGUGUGAAGUUCAAUAUAAAUUCACCAUACCCGGUAAAGCAUUUGUACCAAAACCAGAUGUCGACGUUGCUGUAAUGACUCUUGUUCCAUUGAAAUAUCCUCUAGUGGAUCUUCCAUUCAAAAUGGUUGAAAAAGUUCUAAGAACCAUUUUUAAUAUGAGGCAGAAGUAUUGCAUACGAGGAAUUGAAAAACUGUUUCCAGAACAUCUGAGAACUGAUCUAGGCGUCAAACUUUGUAAACUAGCUGAUAUUGAGACCACUACAAGACCAUUUCAAAUAAGUAAUGAAGAAUUCGUGAGAAUAUUGUAUGCUUACAAGGUCAUUUGUGAGGAUCACCCUGGAUUAGAGCAGUAUGAUUUUAGAGCCGCUAAAAUACCACUGAUGGAGUAGCAAAUGUAAUAUUUUUCUAGAUUUUGUUUUAUGUAGAGAAAUAAAACAAUUUGACGUUAAUUUAA